AUGGCCUUAGACUCGGGAAUGCUGGACUCACAUACUCACCUUAGAGUUAAUACACAGGCUAAAGACCGUGUCAAUUUCAGGAAGAAAGUUACAUACUCACCUGUGAAUGCAGACGACCUUAUUACAAGCACUAUAGGAGAUAGUAUAGUUAUAAUUGAACUCCAGAAGUUACUUAACUCCGAAGGCUGGGCAUGGCCAUUUAACCGCGCAUACACAGACCUGUCGCUUUGCCUCAUCAGCCAGAACUCUGUAGCCUAUCCUAAACCAGUUUAUAAUCCACUGUUCUGGGCGAACGGCUCUAGCAUCCACAGGGACAUUGACGAGGAUAUUCAAUACUUUGGAAACAACUACUUUAACACUCUGGCUUGCCUAGAGCAGAUACAGCUAUGCAAUCCGAGAGCCGGGAAAUAUACAAAUACUACAGACACUUCUACUGCGCUAUGGGAAGCCGGGGACCUGGAACUCAAUAUCCAGCAGCGGAUAAUGCUUCACCAUAUUGCAAUACUCCUGGGCCUUAUCAAUAUUGCGUCACUAGGCCCGGUCUUCUAG